AGAGUCAGCGGCUGCAGCAAGACUGGGUCUGUCAGACAGUGCCUUGUGCUAAGAAGGGGCCAGAGGCUCCCCUCACCCAGCCACGGGCACCCGGCCUGCCUGGAGAGGAAGCAGGGAAACCAGAAGCACUUCCUGACCAUGGCUCUGUCCGCCCAGGGCUGGUGAAGAGUGGGCUGCUCCGUCUUCUAGAGUGGUUGGCCCCACCUGGCCACAGAGCCCAAGACAAGGACCUCCCAGAGGACCUCUUCCCUAGACAGGGUCUUACUUUGUUGCCCAGGCUGGAGUGCAGUGGCUAUUCAUUGGCAUGACCGUAGCACACUACAGCUUUGAACUCCUGGGCUCAAGCAGUCCUCCCACCUCAGCUUCCUGAGUAGCUGAGACUACACGAGUCUGCCCAGGAGGUUCAUGAGCCCUGGCAUCCCAGAAUCUGAAUCCUUCCUCAGCGACAGUGGCUCUUCACCCUUCUAAGUGCAGAGGAGGAAGCCCAGCGCAUUCUGGGUGCACUUCCAGCUGAGGAAAUAAGGAGGAGGAAUUCCUGAAGCCCUGAACAAGUGCCUGGGAUGGAUCCAAACUCCGUCUUGCUUUCUCCUCAGCCCCAGAUCUGCUCCCACCUAGCAGAAGCUUGUACGGAAGGCGACAGAAGCUCAUCCCCUCCAGAGCUGGAUAGAGACUCCCCAUUUCCCUGGAGUCAGGUCCCCAGCUCCAGCCCUACAGACCCCGAAUGGUUUGGUGAUGAGCACAUCCAGGCGAAGAGGGCCAGAGUGGAGACCAUCGUCCGAGGCAUGUGUCUCUCCCCGAAUCCUCUGGUGCCAGGCAAUGCGCAAGCUGGGGUCAGCCCACGCUGCCCAAAGAAGGCCCGAGAGAGGAAGAGGAAGCAGAACCUUCCCACACAGCAAGGCCUCCUGAUGCCAGCCCCUGCCUGGGACCAGGGCAACAGGAAGGGGGGCCCUCGUGUGAGAGAACAACUUCACCUGCUGAAGCAACAGCUAAGACAUCUGCAAGAGCACAUCCUACAGGCUGCCAAGCCCAGGGACACAGCUCAGGGGCCAGGAGGCUGUGGCACGGGGAAAGGCCCUCUGAGUGCAAAGCAGGGGAAUGGCUGUGGGCCUCGCCCCUGGGUUGUGGACGGUGACCACCAGCAAGGUACCAGCAAGGACCUCUCUGGGGCAGAAAAACACCAAGAGUCUGAGAAGCCCAGUUUCCUUCCUUCUGGAGCACCAGCUUUGCUAGAGAUUCUGAGGAAAGAGCUGACCAGGGCAGUGUCCCAGGCUGUGGACUCGGUAUUACAAAAGUUCAACCGCUGCAUUACCUCCCAGAUGAUCAAGUGGUUCAGCAACUUUCGUGAGUUUUAUUACAUCCAAAUGGAAAAAUCUGCCCGGCAAGCAAUUUCAGAUGGUGUCACAAAUCCCAAAAUGCUGGUGGUUCUCCGCAAUUCAGAACUUUUUCGAGCUCUCAAUAUGCACUACAACAAGGGAAAUGACUUUGAGGUUCCAGAUUGCUUCUUGGAAAUUGCCAGCUUGACGUUACAGGAGUUCUUCAGGGCUGUCUCCGCAGGGAGAGACUCAGAUCCUUCCUGGAAGAAACCCAUUUAUAAAAUUAUUUCGAAACUGGACAGUGACAUCCCAGAGAUAUUCAAAUCUUCCAGCUAUCCCCAGUAGCUGUUUCAGGGUUAAGAUCCCACAACGUGAGGAGUGACUGGCUAGGGUUUCCUGGGUUUGUCUUAAAGGGCAAUUUAGCUGUAGUCAUAUAAAAAGGGCACAAGGAAAUCUCCUCUAUCAAAAUAGGUACUAUUACCAUUUUGAUCAUUUAUUUCCCUUUCCAGAAUCAUCAGAAAUUUAACUAUAAAAUGUACUAACUAUAUUGGUGUAUUGGUAGUAUAUUGUAAAAGGAACACAAGUUUCCAAUCAGAAGACUUGAAGCUCAACUCCAUUGUUUCCAGGUGUUGUGACCCCGGGAACUUCCUGGUAUCUCUGUAUCUGUAAAAUGAGGUUGUUAAGGAUUAAAGGACAGUAUGUCCUAUGCAAUGUCAUUCACACACAAAUGUCAGUUUUUUGAGCCCCUCUUUCAGAUAAGGUUAUCUUAUUUGGGGUUUUUCCAAAUUGCUGUUUUUAGUCACCUAAUUAUAAAGCGCCAUCUAUUUGCUAGAUACUUUCACAUACUUUAAGCUUUUCACCCUGAAAAGUAGUUAUUAUCAUCAUUUAAAAGAUGACCAAACAGAAGCUUUAGAACUGCAAGGUAACUCGCCAAAGCCUAUGAGGCUAGGACAUCUGGGUUGAUAGGGACAGUCAGGAGCCUGGAGGAACCAAGACUUUCUGAUGCCCAACUGCAUGCUGGACCCAUCUCCUGCAGCUAACUCAGGAUCUCAAGCAGGACCCCACCCCUAGUAAGCAUCCAGCGCUGACAGGGCACCGUCACCUGACAACUCCUGCCCAGCACUUAGGAGCACUUCACUGCCCAAGAUUUCUGCUGAUCAUUUCAGCAAACUUAAGACAAACUUUCUGCAGGACUUGAGUGUUGCUGUUUAUUCACAUUUGUCUGCUGGAAGAGUUUAUCAGCUGGAUAAUGCAAAUAGUCUCCAGCUGACCAUUGCAAUUGGUGCCCCAACCUCAUAUAUGCAGAAGAAGCUGAACUUCAGACUGUGAAAGGUAGAAAAGGCCUUAGGAGAUCAUCUGGCCCAUGCUGCUUAAAUUGGGAAGGAAGAACCGCAGUCCAGACAGGAGGCUUGCACACGCUGUGCACAGCCUUGCAGAUGAUAAAUGGCAUAACUGGGACAAAUGCAGCAUCACACAGAAAUGGAAAUUCUCCCACUCCAUAACAAAAUUACAGUCCAUGGCUGACCUUCCACUGAUGAAGGAAUUCAUGAAAUCAACAUUUCCCCCCGCUGCUGGCCCAGCACAAUUGUGACCCACUCUUGAGCAUAUAGGCAAGGCAUGUACAAAGCUGAGUAACUGCAUCUGUCUUCUAAGCUAGUCAGGAUCAAGUCUUUGUAAGCACUGCCAAAGGUACGCCGGGUGGGGUGGGGUGGGGGUAAUACACAGCUCGGGCUUUGUAGUCCUGAUAAGGGGUGUCUGUGAGUUCAUUAGCUUCUUUCCUGUCUAUAUAAAACAAGUUUCCUAUUCGGCUACUCAACUUCCAUAAUUUUUCUGGUGGGGUGCUGCUGGAGCAGAUGAGAUAAAAUCCCUCAACUAUUACUAGAACUAUCAGCAUAAAAAGUAUGAAAGAUGAAUUUUCCUUUGAAUUUUCUCUUCAAACAGCUGAAAGGAAAAGCAAAACAGACUUAGCCCAAACCCAUCUUUACAGGCUAAAGGUUAAGUGCCCUCCAAUACAUCCAAUUGCACUCAGAAGAUCUUUGCCCUAUUUUCACAAAAAUGAAGGAAUCUGCCAAACCUAAGUUUUAAACACAGGCAAGCAUGGAGUGCUCUGAGCAAGGGCAAUCAGUUUUCUGUGUCUGGACAUAGUAGAAGAACCCUCUAUCCAGAGUGACAUUACAUACCUAAGUUAGACAUACAGGGGAAACAAGUUCACAUGACUGUCCAAUAGAGAGCAGCCCUUCUUCUGUCCCAAACCUGAAAUUCAUUAGUGUGUGUUUAAAGACUGAGCCAAGUCACCUCCAGGGCAGUGAACCUUGUCUCAGGGACCAAUUAGAUGAAAUGUACAAGCUCAAAUUGAAAACAUUUGUGUACUGCAGUCUUUCCAGGAAGUGUUCUCUAACCACUGAGCUAAACACAGAAGAAUGUAUAAAUAUAUAUGCUCUGCCAACAGAAGAAUUCUAUUUGAUUAUAAUUUUCUGUUUCUACCAAGUGCGUAUCCCUCUCUGUUGGAAACACAUGGAGUGUAAGCUGAGUGGGUUAUUAUUUUAGCAAUCAUACUUUGCCAAAGAUCUGGUCAUUUUUUCCACUAAGGUAUAUGAGGGCACUAUUCUUUUAUUUUUUUGAGACAGGGUCUCACUCUCUCACUCAGGCUGGAGCACAGUGCCACGAUCACAGUAGCUUUGAUCUCCCAGGUUCAAGUGAUACUCCCACCUCUGCCUCUCGAGUAGCUAGGACUACAGGCACAUGUCACCAUGCCCAGCUAAGUUUUUAAAAUUUUUCUGUAGCGAUGGGGGUCUCACUAUGUUGCCCAGGCUAGUCUCGAACUGUGGGCUCAAGCAAUUCUCCCACCUUAGCCUCCCAAAGUGCUAGAAUUAUAGGCAUGAGCCACUGUGCCCGGCCUUGGGUGCUACUCUCUCCUAGAUUAGACAUGUUCAAAUACUGCAUAAUUGUCUUAAUUUUUCAAUGGUGGACUAUAGGGUCUGCACUGUGGUUUAUGAUGAUGGCACUACUGAGGAGUUAAUGCCCAAUUAUCAAUUAAAAGCAGGCAGUUGAUUGGUAUCCCAUGGAGGAAAAUGUUCAUUAGGAACCUUUAUUUCAAACACUGUUUCAUAUAGUAUACAAAACCCAAACCAGACUCAAACGGUGAGAGGCUGAAGGCAUCUCCUGGACAUGUAAGGGGUACCUAAACAAUUUAUUUUCCAUCAGAGAAUGAGCAAAGUAUAAACAGCAAACAGCACAGCACUCUUUAAUAAAGCUCUACACCCAGCCCUCUUACGUAGGUCCACUUUUAAAAUGUUGUCUUUACUUUCAAUGACAAAAUAUAGAGAAUCCUCAAAAAAAAAAAAAUUUAAAAUUGCACUUCCCUAACCUAAUUUUACAAGUGUCUCUUGAAAAUAAAUCUUUGGCUGGGCACGAUAGCUCAUGCCUGUAAUCCCAGCACUUUGGAAGGCUGAGGUGGGAGGAUCGCUUGAGCCCAGGGGUUUGAGACCAGCCUGGGCAAUGUGGUGAGGCCCCGUCUCUACCAAAAAAGAAAAUACAAAAAUUAGCCAGCGUAAUGGUGUGUGCCUGUAGUCCCAGGUACUUGGGAGGCUAAGGUGAGGAUCAUUUGAGCCCAGGAGGUUGAGGCUGCAGUGAGCCGGCAAUCAUGCACAGCCCUGGGCGAUAGAGUGAGUGAGACCUUGUCUAAAAAAAAAAAAAAAAAAAGAA